CUAACUUACAGCCUCAUGCUUAUAACAUCGGUCAGCAUUUGCCAAUUGCGAAUUUAUCCAUAGUAGAAAAUAUUAAUUGGCUGUUGAGUAUAGGUACUGUAUAAGGCAUACGUCAUAGUCGAAAUUUACCGCGUUUUCUGGAACUUGAAGUGAGCAGUGAGCAGCCAGGGCAGCUUCAGACUGUGCGCGGGUGGUGGCCUGGUGCGGGCCGUCGUGUCCGAUACUCUGAUAGUCUGAUCUGAUCGGACGUAGCUAGUCGUGGGUCGUGAGUCGUGGACCGUAGGUGUUUGCGUUGUUCGCGCUGAUGCGCGAGUCUCGUAUGGCACAGGUACUGUUAGUUUGCCGAGUGCUCGUGGAGAUGUGAGAUUUCGCGUGCAAAUAAGAGGGAAAAAGGAAAAGGACGAGCAAGCGAGCGAGCGAGUGAGGGUGGGGUCUCCCGUCUCGCUGUAGCUCGGAUGUCAUCAGGGGCCAGCAGCGGACAGAAGCCCUAGAACCAUCCUGAUUCCUGAUCCUGCAGCCAAGCCCGCGCAAGAAGCUCUGCUUUGACGAUCUCGCCUCUCAGUAUGGCGCGUCCCAUGAAUCCGAGUCAGCAGAAGCUGGCCGAGAAGCUAACGAUCCUCAAUGACAGAGGCAUCGGCAUGCUCACGCGUAUCUACAACAUCAAAAAGGCUUGCGGCGACGCCAAGUCCAAGCCCGGCUUCCUCUCUGACAAGACUCUCGAGUCCUCCAUCAAGACCAUCGUCAGGAAGUUUCCGAACGUCGAUGUCAAAGGCCUGCAGACCAUUACGAAUCUGCGCAACGAAAUCAUCAAGUCUCUUUCUCUCUACUACUACACCUUUGUCGACCUGCUGGAUUUUAAAGAUAAUGUUUGCGAGCUGCUCACCACUAUGGAUGCCUGUGCUGUGCACAUGGACAUCACCGUCAACUUUGACCUCACCAAGAACUAUCUGGACCUUGUUGUCAUCUACGUCAGUCUCAUGAUUCUGCUGUCUCGAGUCGAGGAUCGCAAAGCUGUACUGGGGCUCUUCAAUGCUGCUCAUGAAAUGGUGCACAGCCAGUCGGAUCCCAGUUUUCCCCGUCUUGGUCAGAUGAUUAUGGAUUACGAUGUGCCGCUGAAGAAACUCUCUGAAGAGUUUGUACCCCAUGCAAAACUCCUUAAAACUGCUCUCAUCUCUUUGUGGCCGAUUUACCCAGGGAGGAAUUCCUCCGCUGACACCUGGAGGACAGAUCAGAAGCUCAGCUUGGUUGGCAGUCCAGGUCAGAUAUUAAAGCCCGCCGCCACUGAUACAAUGUCCUGCGAAACACUCAGCUUGGAUAGAAUCGAGAGAUGGAUCAUUCUGGGAUUCACCCUCUGCCACAAUGUGCUCAAUCAGGAGCAACCGAGUAAACUCUGGACCACUGCAUUGGAAUCUGGCUGGGUGUUGGCACUUUUUAGAGAUGAAGUCAUUUAUAUUCACCAGUAUGUGCAGUCGUUUUUCGAAAGUAUUAAGGGCUAUGGUAAGCGAGUAUCCGAAGUUAAGGAAUGUUACAAUCAAGCAGUACAAAAAGCUGGCUAUAAGCACAGGGAAAGAAGGAAAUUCUUGAGGACUGCACUGAAGGAGUUGGGCUUAAUUUUAACUGAUCAACCUGGACUUCUUGGUCCCAAAGUACUUUUAGUACUCAUGGGCUUAGCUCAUGCCAGGGAUGAGGUAUUGUGGCUUCUCAGACAUGGUGAUAAUCCUCCGAAUCAGGGAAAGGCUAAAGGAAGAGGUGGCGAAGAUCUGGUGGACCGACAGCUGCCCGAACUGCUGUUUCACUGCGAGGAACUGAGAGCUCUAGUGAGAAAGUAUUCGCAGGUUCUGCAACGCUAUUACGUGCAGUUUUUGUCGGGAUUCGACGCACCGGCAAUGCAUCAAAUAAUACAGAACCUGCCCAUUUGUCCGGAAGAAGAAGGUGCAAUAUUGAGCGACAUGUGCUCGACCAUCGCAAGUCUGACGGUGAAGCAAGUAGAGGACAAUGAGCUUUUUGAUUUUCGGCCAUUCCGACUCGAUUGGUUCCGGCUUCAGGCUUACCUAUCCAUUGCCAAAAGUAGCAUGAAAUUGGCAGACAAUAGAGAGCUCGCAUCGUUUAUGGACACAACCGUCUUCCACACAAAAAUGGUGGACAGCCUAGACGACGUUCUCGUGGAAACGUCCGAUCUGUCAAUUUUCUGCUUUUAUAGUAAAAUUUUUGAAGACCAAUUUCACAUGUGCCUGGAAUUCCCAGCCCAGAAUCGCUACAUAGUGGCUUUCCCGCUGAUCUGUAGUCACUUUCAAAGCUGUGCGCACGAGCUGUGCCCGGAAGAGCGUCACCACAUACGAGAACGAAGCCUGUCCGUGGUGAACAUGUUUCUGGACGAGAUGGCCAAGGAGGCGAAGAACAUCAUCACGACAAUCUGCGACAAGCAGUGCAGCAUGAGCGACAAGCUACUGCCGAAGCACUGUGCCGCACUGAUCUCGCAGGUUGUGAACCGCAAGAAGAAGGACAAGAACAAGAAGAACCUGAUGGAAAUUCGCAAGCCCGGUGUCGAGAGCUACCGCAAGACCAGGGAGGAGCUCACGACGAUGGACAAGCUGCACAUGGCGCUCACGGAAUUGUGUUACGCGAUAAACUACUGCCCGACCAUCAACGUCUGGGAGUACACGUUCGCCCCGAGAGAGUACCUGCAUCAGCACCUCGAGACCAGAUUCGCCAGAGCUCUCGUCGGCAUGGUAAUGUUCGACGCCGACACGAACGUCAUCGCCAAGCCGUCCGAGCUUUUCGUCAGCGUGAGGGCCUACAUGAACGUGCUGCAGACGGUCGAGAACUACGUGCACAUCGACAUCACCCGCGUCUUCAACAACGCGCUUCUCCAGCAAACUCAGGCACUUGAUAGCCACGGAGAGAAGACGAUAGCCGCGCUCUACACCCAGUGGUACUCGGAAGUCCUGCUGCGACGGGUCAGCGCCGGCAACAUCUGCUACUCGCCGAACCAGCGCUCGUUCGUCAGCCUCUCGGUCGAGGGCUCGAUUCCCUUCAACGCCGAGGAGUUUUCCGACAUAAACGAGCUGCGAGCUCUGGCCGAGCUGAUCGGCCCCUACGGCAUGAAGAUGCUCAACGAGACGCUCAUGUGGCACAUCUCCAGCCAGGUGCAGGAGCUGAAGAAACUCGUGGCCAGUAACAAGGACGUCCUCAUCUCGCUGAGGACAAACUUUGACAAGCCCGAGGUGAUGAAGGAGCAGUUCAAGAAGCUGCAGCACGUCGACAACGUGCUCCAGCGGGUCACCAUAAUCGGCGUUAUACUGAGCUUCCGGCAGCUCGCGCAGAACGCCCUCGUCGACGUGCUCGAGGAGAGGAUACCCUUCCUGCUGAGCUCGAUCCUGGACUUCAGGCACCAUCUGCCGGCCGGAGAUCCCAUGCGCGUCGUCUCGGAAAUGACGUCCGCCGCGGGCCUCAGCUGCAAAGUCGAUCCAACCCUCACCACCGCUCUCAAGAGCCAGAAGGCCGAGCUUGUCGACGAGGACGAGCACAUUCUCGUCUGCCUCCUCAUGGUCUUCGUCGCCGUCUCCAUUCCCAAGCUCGCCCGCAACGAGAACUCCUUCUACAGGGCCUCGCUCGAGGGCCACUCCAACAACAUUCACUGCAUGGCCACCGCCAUCAACAAUGUCUUUGGCGCACUCUUCACCAGCUGCGGCCAGAACGACAUCGAGGACAGGAUGAAGGAAUUCUUGGCGCUGGCCUCGUCGAGCUUGCUCAGACUUGGCCAAGAGGCUGACAAGGAGGCUACUCGGAAUCGAGAGUCGGUUUACUUGCUGCUCGAUCAGAUCGUCCAGGAGUCUCCGUUCCUCACCAUGGAUUUGCUCGAAAGCUGCUUUCCCUAUGCCCUCAUCCGCAACGCUUAUCACGACGUGUACAAACUGGAGCAUGCUCAAUCUUAAGGAAUUUUGAUCCAUCGCUACAAAACGCGUUCCCGCAAUCCAGAAUAAAAUCGAGCGUUUAUCUCUGUUGUGUUUGCAAAGUUGCAAGUGGUAUGGUUGAGAUAACGUCAAACGCUGCGUUUGGGCAAAGACUAUUCCACAUGCAUUUUAUGGAGAGUAACGAGUACCUAUGUAUAUGAAACGAAAAGUAUAAGUUAUAUAUUAUAUCACAUAAAAAAUAUUAGUAAUAAGCAUUUCAGUAUUUAGCAUCAUCCUUCUCAUGAACAACAACUUUAAUCUCAUCUUCAUUAUUUAGUAAAUGAAUAAUGCACUCUAUCCUGUGGUAUUUGUAUUACCAGUUUAAUUCUGCACUUUUGUAAAUGUAUAAUGCAACUAUUUGAAAAAAUAGUUCAUACGGAGUAAAAUGAAAUAAAACUUUAUAAUUUUAUUUAAGUGUUCGUAUUUGAUAUACAAACUUAAAUGACUGACUUCUUGAAAAUUAUAUUAUAUGAUGAAAUAAACAAUGACAACAAGA